AUGUUCUGCAGUAAAAAGAAACCACUUGAAGUGAAGCGGAUAGUAAAAGCCAAUGACCGUGAAUACAAUGAAAAGUUCCAGUACGCAGAUAAUCGUAUCCACACAUCCAAGUACAACAUUCUCACCUUUCUGCCAAUUAAUUUAUUUGAACAAUUCCAAAGAGUGGCAAAUGCCUAUUUCCUUUUUCUUCUGAUUUUACAGCUGAUUCCAGAAAUUUCCUCCUUGACCUGGUUUACCACCAUUGUGCCGUUGGUCCUGGUGAUAACUAUGACAGCUGUCAAAGAUGCUACAGAUGAUUAUUUUCGCUACAAGAGUGAUAAACAAGUGAAUAAUCGGCAAUCUGAAGUGCUCAUCGACAGCAAAUUGCAGAUUGAAAAAUGGAUGAAUGUCAAAGUGGGAGACAUCAUUAAAUUGGAAAAUAACCAAUUUGUUGCUGCUGAUCUGCUUCUCCUAUCAAGUAGUGAGCCAUAUGGCCUUUGCUAUAUUGAAACUGCUGAGCUUGAUGGGGAAACGAACCUUAAAGUUCGCCAUGCACUAUCAGUUACCUCAGAACUUGGAGAAGAUAUUAGGAGACUUGCAAACUUUGAUGGUCCUGACACUAAACUAAUGCAGAACAGUGGUAAGACAAAGUUUAAAAGGACAAGCAUUGAUAGAUUGAUGAAUACUCUAGUAUUAUGGAUAUUUGGGUUUCUCAUAUGCUUGGGAAUUAUUCUUGCCAUAGGAAAUUCAAUCUGGGAGAACCAAGUUGGGACCCAAUUCAGAAGUUUCCUUUUCUGGAAUAAAGAAGAGAAGAAUUUGGUGUUUUCAGGAUUUUUAACAUUCUGGUCCUAUAUUAUUAUUCUCAAUACAGUUGUACCCAUUUCAUUAUAUGUGAGUGUGGAAGUAAUUCGUCUGGGACACAGUUACUUUAUAAACUGGGACCAGAAGAUGUAUUACUCUCAGAAAGCAACACCUGCUGCAGCUCGAACAACCACGCUCAACGAGGAGCUGGGCCAGAUUGAAUAUGUCUUCUCUGACAAAACGGGCACCCUCACUCAGAACAUCAUGACUUUUAAAAAAUGUUCCAUUAAUGGGAGAAUCUACGGUGAAGAACAUGAUGACCUGGGUCAGAAGACAGACAUAACUAAGAAAAAAAAGCCUGUGGAUUUCUCAGUCAACCCCCAAGUAGAUAAAACAUUUCAGUUUUUUGACCACUCUCUGAUGGAAUCCAUUAAACUGGGCGAUUCCAAAGUGCAUGAAUUCCUGCGGCUACUUGCUCUCUGCCACACUGUGAUGUCAGAGGAAAACAGUGCAGGACAGCUGAUUUAUCAAGUUCAAUCACCUGAUGAAGGGGCUCUAGUGACUGCUGCAAGAAAUUUUGGUUUUAUUUUUAAGUCUCGGACCCCAGAGACAAUAACAAUAGAAGAAUUGGGAACACUAGUUACUUACCAAUUACUUGCCUUUUUGGAUUUCAACAAUGUCAGGAAAAGGAUGUCUGUCAUAGUUAGGAACCCAGAAGGACAGAUAAAGCUUUAUUCCAAAGGAGCAGACACGAUUUUGUUUGAAAAACUUCAUCUGUCCAACGAAGACCUUCUGGCAUUGACGUCAGACCAUAUCAGUGAAUUUGCAGGGGAAGGUCUUCGAACCCUGGCCAUUGCAUACAGAGAUCUGGAUGAUAAGUACUUUAACGAGUGGAAUAAGAUGCUUGAAGAUGCAAAUGCUGCCACUGAUGAGAGGGAGGAACGGAUAGCUGGGCUGUAUGAAGAAAUUGAACGGGAUUUGAUGCUUCUAGGUGCCACUGCUGUAGAAGACAAGUUACAAGAGGGUGUUAUUGAAACGGUUUUAAGUUUAUCACUAGCCAAUAUUAAGAUCUGGGUCCUAACAGGAGACAAACAAGAAACUGCCAUCAACAUUGGCUAUGCCUGCAACAUGCUGACUGAUGAUAUGAAUGAAGUGUUCAUUAUAGCAGGGAACACGGCAAUGGAAGUCAGAGAAGAACUCAGGAAAGCAAAGGAAAAUUUAUUUGGACAAAACAGAAGUUCUUCCAAUGGCCAUAUAGUGCCUGAAAAAAAGCAGCAGCUGGAGUUGGACUCAAUUGUAGAAGAAACCGUAACAGGAGAUUACGCCUUAGUCAUAAAUGGCCACAGUUUGGCUCAUGCCCUAGAAAGUGAUGUCAAGAAUGAUCUCCUAGAACUUGCCUGCCUGUGUAAGACUGUGGUGUGCUGCCGAGUCACACCACUCCAGAAAGCCCAGGUAGUAGAGCUGGUGAAGAAACACAGAAAUGCUGUCACUUUGGCCAUAGGCGAUGGAGCUAAUGACGUCAGCAUGAUCAAAUGCGCUCACAUUGGCAUCGGAAUCAGUGGCCAGGAGGGACUGCAGGCAGUGUUAGCCAGUGACUAUUCAUUUGCACAGUUUCGAUACCUCCAAAGGCUUCUCCUCGUUCAUGGAAGGUGGUCCUAUUUCCGGAUGUGCAAAUUCUUAUGCUACUUCUUCUAUAAGAAUUUUGCAUUCACACUUGUGCAUUUCUGGUUUGGUUUCUUCUGUGGCUUCUCAGCCCAGACUGUCUAUGACCAGUGGUUCAUCACCCUAUUUAACAUUGUCUACACAUCACUUCCUGUUUUAGCCAUGGGGAUUUUUGACCAGGAUGUAAGUGACCGGAACAGCAUGGACUUUCCCCAGCUCUACAAACCUGGACAGCUGAAUCUACUUUUUAACAAGCGUAGAUUUUUCAUCUGCAUGGCACAUGGAAUCUACACCUCCUUAGCCCUUUUCUUCAUCCCUUAUGGGGCCUUUUACAGAGAUACUGGAGAAGAUGGGCAGCAUGUUGCCGACUACCAGUCUUUUGCAGUUACCAUGGCCACGUCUUUGGUCAUUGUGGUCAGCGUGCAGAUUGCCUUGGAUACCAGUUACUGGACGGUCAUUAAUCACGUCUUCAUCUGGGGCAGCGUUGCCACUUACUUCUCCAUUUUAUUUACAAUGCAUAGUAAUGUCAUGUUUGGUGUCUUCCCAAACCAGUUUCCAUUUGUUGGAAAUGCACGAAAUUCCUUGACCCAGAAGUGCAUCUGGCUUGUCAUUCUUCUAACGACAGUAGUUUCAGUUAUGCCUGUGCUGGCGUUCAGAUUUUUGAAGGUGGAUUUAUUCCCGACCCUGAGUGACCAGAUCCGCCAGCGGCAGAAGGCUCAAAGGAAGGCACGGCCUCUGCAUAGCCGAAGGCCUCAGACUCGUAGAUCAAGCUCAAGAAGAUCUGGAUAUGCUUUUGCUCACCAAGAGGGCUACGGAGAGCUUAUCACAUCUGGAAAAAAUAUGCGAGCUAAAAAUCCACCCCCAACAUCAGGGUUGGAAAAGACACUGAGUAAUAGCACUAGCUGGAUUGAAAAUUUCUGUAAGAAAACCACAGACACAAUGAGCAGCUUUAACCAGAAUAAAACAGUGAAACUGUGA